GUGUCAGAGGACCGUUGGAUGACCUUAACAUUGUGCUGAACCAGACAACUGCUCAUCGACACCGUGUUCUGGCAGCUGCAGCAAAACACCUGCGCACUUGGUUUAUCAAAGUGAGGAAGAUUAAGGCCAUCUAUCAUACCCUCAACAUGUUUAACCUGGAUGUGACCAACAAGUGUCUGAUUGCAGAGUGUUGGAUCCCUUAUGCAGACCUCGGCCGUAUCCAAGAAGCUCUUCGCAAAGGAACGGACAAAUCAGGUACCUCAGUGCAGCCCAUUCUGAAUCGCAUGGAAACCUCAGUGAAGCCUCCAACCUUCCAUCGGACCAACAAAUUCACACGCGGCUUCCAAACUUUGGUUGAUAACUAUGGUGUGGCAUCAUACCGUGAAGUAAACCCAGCUCUCUAUACAACAACCACCUUCCCAUUCUUAUUUGCCGUGAUGUUUGGUGAUGCUGGUCAUGGAUUUAUCAUGCUACUAUUUGCUGGGUGGAUGGUUCUAAGAGAGAAGGCCCUGAUUGCUUCAAAGAUGAGUGGUGAGAUAUGGAACAUUUUCUUUGGUGGCCGCUACAUCCUCCUUCUCAUGGGCCUGUUCUCCAUCUACACUGGUACCAUCUACAAUGACAUCUUCUCCAAGUCAUUCAACAUAUUUGGAUCCAACUGGCACAUGGGUCAUAAUGCCACAGUAAAAAACUUAUCGUUUACAGAGGCUCUGACACUGGAUCCAUACUAUCGUGAUGAAUAUAUUGGGGAUCCUUACCCAUUUGGAUUUGACCCCAUAUGGCAGGUUUCAAUAAACAAGAUUGCCUUCCAAAACAGUUAUAAGAUGAAGAUUUCUAUUAUCAUAGGAGUUGUUCACAUGCUCUUCGGUGUUAUACUGUCUGUUGUGAAUCAAGCAUUCUUCAUGAACACAUUGAGUUUCGUCUUCGAGUUCAUCCCUCAAAUGAUCUUCAUGCUUGGACUCUUUGGUUACCUCUGCAUAAUGGUAUUUCACAAAUGGAUUCAUUAUGGGAGUGGACCAGAGUUUUCAGUAGCUUAUGGUUCAAGCUGUGCCCCAUCAGUCCUAAUCACCUUCAUCGACAUGGUUUUGUUGAAGUCAGAGGAGCCUCUCCCGGGUUGUAACCAAUGGAUGUAUGACGGUCAAUACACAGUGCAGGUGGUGCUGCUGAUACUUUGUGUCAUCUGUGUGCCCAUCAUGCUUAUCCCUAAACCAUUUGUCCUGAGAUCCCGACACAAUGCUAAGAUGCGUGCACAGUCACAUCUAGCAACUAUCCAUGAGGAAGAGAUGGGUGAAACAUCUGACGCCCAUGAAGAAGAAGAAGAAUUUGAAUUUAGUGAAGUGUUUAUUGAGCAGGCCAUCCAUACCAUUGAGUAUGUAUUGGGUACUGUAUCCCACACAGCCUCAUAUCUUCGACUCUGGGCACUGUCUCUUGCACAUGCUCAGCUCUCUGAAGUGGUGUGGAAUAUGGUUAUGAAAAUUGGACUCUCUCAGUCAUCAAAUGUGGUUGGCAGUAUAAUGCUGUUCCUCAUUUUUGCUGCCUGGGCCUGUCUGACUGUUAGUAUCUUGAUUCUCAUGGAGGGCUUAUCAGCAUUCCUUCACACACUCCGUCUUCAUUGGGUGGAGUUCCAGUCUAAAUUCUAUAAAGGAGAAGGAUAUGCCUUUGCACCACUCACUUUCAAGCAUAUUAUCAGUGGAGAGGAAGAAGAAUAAGUGGUUAUUGGGCAUAGUUGAAGUGGAAUAGGCUCAAUCCUCUAUUAAUGAUUGAAUAUUUAGUCAUAACAUGGGAACUUGACAAAUUUAAUUUCAUUUAAUCAAAACUAGCAUGUAAAUUUUUCCCUCUGACAUAACUAGUAUUCCUUGAACCAUAUAAUUAUAGAAUUAAAAUGUGGUUUUUUUUCUUGCUGAAGUUCUUUUACAAUAUAUUUUGAUCAAUAUGUUCACUUUAUUGACUUUUUACAUUUUUAACUGAAAGAAUAUGUAACUUGGCCUCAGAUAUAUUUAAUUUUUAAUGUUUUUAUCCACUGGGAACUUUUAUUGGGAAUUUUUUUGUAAAGAUAUACUGUAGCACUUGCAUGGAAUAUUAUAAUUGUAUAUGUAUCCCAGUGUAAACAUAUCUGUAGUUUCUCUUAACUAUUAGUCACCAAUAUUGUCACAAUAGAAUUUUGUUGUGGUUUGGUUGUUAGUGUGGUCAGAUGAGUGGUUUAGAGCCUCUUGUAGUAAUACCCUGUACAAUUCAAAAGACUCUAAACUAGUUACCUGGCCACUUUUAUACUGGGGUUGCUGGUCUUCAUUAAGCCACUGUUUAUUUUUUGAAAGGUAUUGUACCAUAAAGUAUUUGGAAUUGUAAUAAAAAAUUUAAUUCUUGCUACAAUUGACAUUGGCUCCACAAUUUUGCAUUUGUAAAUAAAAUAAAUUUUAAGAC